AUGGCUACCGUUGCUCCACCUGCUGAUCAAGCUGCAGAUCUGUUGCAGAAACUAUCUUUGGAUUCACAAUCAAAAGCUUCAGAGAUUCCUGAGCCUAACAAGAAGACUGCUGUUUACCAAUAUGGAGGUGUGGAUUUGCAUGGUCAAGUUCCUUCCUAUGACCGAUCUUUGACACCAAUGCUUCCCAGUGAUGCCGUCGACCCUACAGUUUGCUAUGUUCCCAAUUACCCGCACUAUUAUUAUGGAGCAUAUGGUAAUGAGUGGAGCGAAUAUGCUGCCUACACCAAUCCUGAGGGUGUUGACAUGAAUUCUGGAGUUUAUGGAGAUAACGGAACUUUUGUGUAUCCUCAGGGUUACGGGUAUGCACCAUAUCCUUACUCGCCAGCAACAAGCCCUGCUCCACAGGUUGGUGGAGAUGGUCAGUUGUAUGGUGCUCAGCAGUACCAGUAUCCUGCCUACUUCCCCCACACAACAAGCAGUGGACCUUUUGCUUCUUCUGUUGCUAACCCUACCCAGGGGGAUCUCUCUGCAAACAAAGCUGGUGGUGUGAAGACAAUAACUGCUGAAAGCAAUAAUGUUGCUUCUGCUGCAGGUAUGGCAAAAGGAAGCAAUGGAUCAGCUCCAGUGAAGCCAAUUAACCAGACCACACUUAACACCUCAAGCAAUUUGUAUGGAACUGGUGCUCCGGGAGGAGGUUUUGCUUCUGGUUAUCAUCAGGAUCCUAGAUAUAACUAUGAUGGGUAUUAUGCUCCUGUGUCGUCAUGGCAUGAUGGCUCUAAGUAUUCUGAUGUGCAGAGACCUGUCUCUGGUACUGGAGUUGCAUCCUCCUAUUCGAAGGGAAGCAGUGUGCCUUCAUCAAGGAAUCAAAAUUACCGCUCUAAUUCCCAGUACACGGGUAUGCACCAGUCUGCAUCAGUGACAGGCUACGGAGCAGCUCAGGGAUACUACAACAGGAUGUAUCCAAACAAGUUGUAUGGUCAGUAUGGCAGCAGCACUGGGAGAUCUGGUAUGGGUUAUGGUUCUUCUGGGUAUGAUUCAAGAACAAAUGGAAGAGGAUGGGUGAGCACAACAGACAACAAAUACAGAAGCUGGGGAAGGGGUAACAAUUACUUCUACGGAAAUGAGAACAAUGUAGAUGGUUUGAAUGAGCUUAACAGGGGACCUAGGGCAAAGGGCACAAAGAACCAGAAGGGAAGUUUAGAAGAUAGCAUAGAGGUUAAGGAGCAGACUGGUGAAUCCAAUGUCACCGAGGCUGGGGAGACGGAAACCACAUGUGCUGUGCCUGACAGAGAACAGUACAACAAAGAAGAUUUCCCAGUGGAAUAUGCGAACGCUAUGUUCUUUAUCAUCAAGUCGUACAGUGAAGAUGAUGUGCACAAGAGCAUCAAAUAUAAUGUUUGGGCUAGCACACCAAAUGGAAACAAGAAGCUUGCUGCAGCAUAUCAGGAAGCUCAGCAGAAGCCUGGUGGCUGUCCUAUCUUUCUCUUCUUCUCGGUCAAUGCAAGUGGACAAUUUGUUGGGCUUGCUGAAAUGACAGGACCAGUUGAUUUCAACACAAAUGUGGAGUACUGGCAGCAGGAUAAGUGGACUGGCUCCUUCCCUCUCAAGUGGCAUAUUGUGAAGGAUGUUCCAAACAGUUUGCUGAAACAUAUCACCCUUGAGAACAAUGAGAACAAGCCUGUUACCAACAGUAGAGACACACAAGAGGUGAAGCUGGAGCAAGGGUUAAAGAUUGUGAAAAUUUUCAAGGAGCAUAGCAGCAAGACUUGCAUUUUGGAUGACUUCUCCUUCUAUGAGGUUCGGCAAAAGACGAUCUUGGAGAAGAAGGCCAAGCAGCAGCAGACCCAGAAACAGGUAAGUGAGGAGAAGACCACAACGGAUGAAAAAAAGGAAUCUGCAACUGCGGAUUUGGCUAAUAAGAAGGAAUCUCCUUUGGCUGUUGAAACUACAGGUGAUGUCAAGGUGGCUGAAAAUGGGUCUGUUGCUAAAGCAGCUGGUGCAGUGGCAAAUGGAUGCUAG